AUGGAUGAGACCCUCCCAGAUGACAAGGCCAUCACAGCCCCAGUCCCAAUAGUUUACAUGGCUGUCGAAGACCAAUACAAAUCCGUCCAGGCCGCAGAUCUCACCCAUUUUGUUGUUCAACUUUCUUAUAAAAGACUAGAUUCGAUAAUGCAGGCUGUUGUGGGGAUUUCCUACGACUUCAACAAGCCUUGGCCGUUCUGGUUCUUUAUUGGCAAAAUUGUAUCAAAGGCGUUCUUUGACAACGAAGAACAACUUGAGUGGUUGAACAGUGUUCAGGUUGGGAACAGGGAGUUUAUUGCAUUCAGCAACACCGGACGUAAAUUCCCAGACCAGGAGGAACAAAGCACCGGAAAAGGGAAGCUCCGGGUUGUUGAGAUCGAUCUCUCUAAGCCCCAGCCAGGUGAAAAGUUGCAGAUGUUCUGGAAGCCCGCUCGAUCGAUUAUUUGCCAGAAAGUUCAGGGUUGGUUGGAUUAUGCAUCAAAUGAGGGUUGUGCUUAG